CUUACAACCUGCACCUCAAGGGUAGAUUGACGGUGGCUGUUUGGUAUUUCUGUUUUGCAGAUGUUGUAGAGUUUUCCAAUGGAAAGGCUGGUAUUUUUAAUGAGCUUUUGUUCGCUGUUGCCCAAUACGCAGCAAGCACCAUCAUUUCUUAUUACUGCCCCAAACGUGGUACAUUUGGGCACACAUGAGACAAUAACAGUUCAAGUCCAUGGAGCACAGCACCCUGUGCAAGUUACUGCAUACUUCAAAGAUGCCACAAAAAAUCAGCUCCUGUCAGAGAGGAUCAUCUUCAACCUUAACCAAAAUAAUGACUACCAAGAGAUGAAAAAAAUAAUGGUCAAGCCAGGGAAUCUGCAACAGGAUCUAUUCAAGAAGAGUAAUCGGCCGUAUGUUCUGCUAGUCACCGAAAGCAGGGACCUUUAUAAGGAGACUGUUCAAAGCACUCAGAUCCUCCUGUCCUCGAAGAAAGGCUACAUUUUUAUUCAGACAGAUAAGCCUAUUUACACACCAAGUUCCAAAGUAAAAUACAGGAUCUUCAUUCUGGACAAUGCUAUGAGGCCAACAGAUGACACAGUUACAGUCGCUGUGCUAAAUUCAAAAGGAAUGGUGGUUAAAAAGUCAGACCGGAAAAUAAAAACAGUGUUCAGUGAAAACUUUGAAAUACCUGAUGUUGCCGAGCCUGGAACUUGGAAAAUUAAAGCCUGGUUUUAUCGAUAUGAAAUGUCUAAUGUUUCUGCUGAAUUUGAAGUUAAAAAUUAUGAACUUCCAUCUUUUGAAGUCAAACUCAUCCCACUUCAGCCAUACUACCACGUCUGGAAUGAAAAUUUUGUGUUUGAUAUCGAGGCAAAACACUCUUAUGGGAAAGGGAUUCAAGGUGCUGCAUAUGUGCGAUUUGGCAUAAUUGAUGAAAACGAAAAAAAAGUCUUUCUUCCAGGCCUGGAACAACAGCUAUCAAUUCAAAAUGGAAAACAAAGAGUUACUUUAGACACUCCACUUUUGGAAGAGAAAUUAAGAAGGAGUAUUUCCACUCUGGAAGGAUUUCAUUUAUAUGUUGCUGUUACCACUGUAGAAACUGCAAGUGGUGAGAUGAGGGAAGAGGAACUCAACAAUGUGAAGUUUGUGAAAUCUCCUUAUACUGUUGAUCUGUCUAACACCAAAAAGUAUUUUGUGCCUGGAGCCUCCUUCUCUGUUGUGGCAUCUGUCACUUUGAUUGAUGGCUCUCCUGCUGCCUCUGUACCUGUUACUGCUACUCUUACCUUGCCUGGAAAAACCCCAGUGAAGAAGACUGCACUUUCUAAUAAAGAAGGUCUAAUCCCCUUUGCGUUCGACAUCCCUGGAGAUGCUCAGAUGCUUCAAGUAAUGGUAAAGGCUGAAGAGGGAAAAGAAAGAUUAGAAUCACCUGAAACCAGUAUCAGAGCUGAAAGAUACCAGUCUGCUUCGCCGAACUACCUCAGCAUCAGCAUCCCGCAUACUGUUGUGGCACCUGGAGAUACCUUACACAUCACCUUGAAGGAUAUUCAUCAGUCUGGCAGUGGAAAGAUUGACUAUUUCUAUUAUAUGGUUGUGGCAAAGGGACAAACUGAGCUUUUGGGAAGGGUCCCUUCCUCAAACAAAAUAAUAAACCUUAAAAUCACCGAGAAGAUGGUGCCCGCCUUUCGCUUUUUAGCUUACUACUUCAUUGCAAACGGGGGCCAUCAAGAGAUCGUCGCUGACUCUGUAUGGGUGGAUGUUAUGGAUGCCUGUGAAGGAAAGAUUAAAGUGAGAACAGAACGAGAGACAUACGAACCAACAGACAAUGUCAAGUUAGUGAUUGAAACGGACCACACGGGAACAGUUGCCUUAGCUGUUGUUGAUAAAGCAGUGUUUAUUCUGAACAAGAAAAAUAAGCUUACAGAGAAA